CCAGCCUUGUUGCAGCGCAUUGGGCUGCAGCGCUUGUGAUGCCUUCCACAUAGCGCUGCAUUCGACAUAAACAUGGUUGGAACUCAUCGCUGAGGCAUAUCUGCGCGGCACCAUGGCGGCUGUCACGGUGAGGCGAGCAUGGGACAAUAAGAGAGCGGGAACGCCGGUCUGGUCAAUCAGGAGGUGCUCUGUGUUCGGUUUGUCUGACAAACAGAUCGGUAGCAUGAAAUGGCCGCAGCAGAGAGGUACGCCCGACGCCCACACAGCAACAGGCCACAGAUGCACUCAGAGGUGUGCUGUGCUGUGCUGUCUGUGAUGUGUUGCAGCCGUGUUGGUGGGUAGGAUGGUCAAGAGAGCAGCGUCGAUGGGCUGCCGCGACGCGACCGUCAUGCGGGCGGUGCGGCUGCUGGACCUGUGCCGCGCAGACAAACUCAUCGACACGAGCAACACCAAACAGGCAAAGAGAUCUGAAUGACAGACAGAGAGCAGCGACUCACGGGAUGUGUGUGUCACUUGGCUGGCUGCUGGCACACAGGUAGCAGAUGCGUGUCUGGCCGCCUGCGUCAAGCGGCUGCAGCCACACGUGCUGAUGGACGACAUGCCGGAUGACCCCCCACACAUACAGGCACAGGUAUUGAAACACAGACACAAACACAGACACGCACGCACACCUGUGCAGCGCCGACCCGUCUGUCUGUCUGUCUGUCUGUCUGUCUGUUUGGCUCUGUGUGUGCAGGUGGUGUGUCGUGCGGCCGCUGAUAGUUCUGUGUGCGGCAUUGAGUGUCUGGAGAAGCUGUUCACUGCUGCCGGCAUGGACACCCACGGCCGCCUGUUCUCAUUCGCCAAAUACCUCAUGGUGAGUCGGGCAGCCAGCCACACACACACCUCCAGCCAUCGAAUGACUUCUCCCUGUCUGUCUGUCUGUCUCUCCGUGCAGUUCUUGUCGAUGUGUGACAUCGACUUGGCCGGACGCGAUGUCCCCCUGCUGGCCGCCACGGCCGUCUACAUCACACGCAAGAACCACCAGAAGCAGAUAGCGGGCGGCAUAUGGGUGAGCCAAAGCGACACGUGUCAUGAUGUAUCUAAGGCCUGUGUGGGUUUGUGUGUCCGAUUGUUCAUUGUCAGAGUGCGGCCCUUGUGACUCAGAGUUCGGUUAGCGAGUCGAGGUUGGAGUCGAGCAUGACGACGUUGAGGAUGCAGCGGCUCAUGUGGGGCGACACACAGACCACCAAAGGGGUGAGCAUGUCAGAAGACCAGUCGAAUCGCCACCACAGCACCGUGUUGAUGUCAUUGUGUGUCGUUUGUGUGGUGUGUGCAGAUCGUGACCGAUGCAGUAGACGAGCUGUUCGCCUCGCCCGACCGCCACGGCGUCGCAUCGUCCCGCAGCCACACACAACAAGAGCAGCAGCAGCAGCAGCAGGUGGGUGGUGAGACAUUGCUGACACAAGCAAUGAGUGUUGCGACGAUUCCAUCUGUGCGUGUGCAGGUGUCUGUCUGGUGGCUGGUGCUGGUGUGGCUGUGGCUGUGGCGCCUCUGCUGUCAAGUGUGGUCAUGGUGUUGCGGGCGGCCCUCAGCCGACGAGCAGCACGCCCUCGCCCAUCUGUUUGCCGAAGACCGCUGCCGCACCCCCGACAUCAGCACCACACUGGCGCUGAGGGCAGCCGCACGAGACAUCAGAGACGCCUUCUCAUCAGACCAGCUGCGCAGCCGACUGGAUCACUCACUGAGCCGUGAUGGCGACGGCAUCAACACCCCACAGCUGCAGCUGCUGCGGUUCGACCCAUCGCUGGGGAUGGGUGACCUGCUGGCGGCGGUGUGGAUAGCCGAGGAGGGCGGGCGGUGGGAUGAGACGGGGGAGGUGCUGCAGCUGGCCAGCCAGUGCGGCGACUGCACGCUGCCCAUCAACCUCACGGCAGAUGACAUCCGCACACACGCCAACAAGACGGUAAGGCACACACACACGAGGGGUGGGAGGGAACAGAGAGGCCUCAUUCUCUCUCUCUCUGUGUGUGUGGUGUCGUCUAGGCGUAUGGAUCGUUAGCUCGUGUGUUGGCGCAGCUUAUGGUGGUGGGCCGCCAUGUGCGGUUCAGUGACGGCAGCCGCCUGCAGCUGUUCCAGCAUGGCAACGGUGAGGUGCGGGCCAUCAAGGACGAGCCCGGCUUCAAGGUGACCGUCAUCCCGCCCCUCCCUGCCGACCAUCUGUCCCAGCAGCGCCGACAGCGCCUCCCUGACGCCCUCCAACUGUAUCAGCAGCACCGGCUAGAGCAUGACCCACCAGUGCAGAGCCGCAUCAACUACCAUUGGCCCGGCCAAUGGGUGUCGAGCGGCCCCCCGACCUUUGACGCGUCGGUGUCGUCGUUUGCCAAGAACAAGAUCCUCGACCACUUCUACUUCGACGAGACUCACCACCAGACCAAUCACACAGAAACACUCAACAGGUAGCAAAUCAAUGGCAGCAGUGGCGAGAGGGGUGCGUGUGUGAUUGUGUGUGUGUGUGUGUGUGUGUGGUUGCUUCAGGCGUGUCUGUGGCGGCCGUCUGGAUGGCCUCCUCACCCAGUCGCCCCACACACCAGUGGCCGGAUGCACUACCACAUUCAGCGGCGGUCGUACGCGGUUCCUGGUGCUCACCGAUAGCAGCGACGACUUCGUCGCGUGGAUUACCAUUCCGAUUGAGGGAAACAAUAGUGGUCAGGCCGACAGACAGGCAGCUCUAGUGGUCAAGUGUCUUUUGUCUGUCUGUCUGCAGUGAGUGUUGAAGUCGAGACGACCGAGGCGCCUGCGGCUGAUGUGAGUGAGAAUGCGCCCUUCAAGGACCGCUUCCCCUUGACCACUCGGCUGGCCCGCGUGGCGCUGGGGCGAGUGGCGCCAUACGUCUUCGACGGACAAGUAGCAGACCAGCAGCAGGAUGAUGACGGUGCGGACAGGGAAGGAAGGGACACGCACAGAUGGUGGUCAUGGAUGUGUGCAUGAAUGGCAUUUCUUCACUGUCUGUCUUUGUGUGUGGUGUAGAUUCCGACGGCCAUGGCGGCGGUUGGGAUGAUAUGGAUGACGAUAGCGACGAAGAGGGUAGCGGAGGUACACACGAAGGAAAGAACGCGCAGACAGUACACACCGACCCGCAUCACACGUCUGCGUGUGUGCGUCUGUGUUUGUGUCGAUGGCAGGUGAGGAUGCACCAGCCGAGGAGGACAGCCAAGACGGCGGCGGUGACGGCAAUGCAUCGCCCUAAUAGCACACACACAGAGACCGAUCUCAAUACUCACUGGUGCGCCACAGACACACUGCAAUGUCAUCGGCUGAUGCCAUGCCUCCCUCUCUGUCUGUGUGUGUUGUGGUCAGGAGGGUGGCCGAGCGCUGCCUGUCACCCUCUCUCUCUGUAGCUCGCUCAUCGGCGCAGAUCAGAUCAGCUGCUGAUGUCGUGUCGACCGAAUGGACCGCGUAGCUGGCUGUGUGUGGGAUGAAAGGCGGACAUGGGUGUGGGCGGGUCUGGGGGUCCUCACUCCCCUCUCUCUCUGUGUGUGUAGCCCCCCUCCAUCUCUCGACAUAUACAUCUGCUCUGCGUGAAUGAGUGAGUCGAUAUGCAGUGGGCUGUCUGUCUGGCUGUCUGUCUGGCUGUCUGUCUGCGUCUGUCUGCGUGUGCCUGGAUGUGAUGUGGAUAGACUGACUGAUCUGAACGUGUUGGUGCACAGAAAUCGAUACACACUCCAUCAAACACUCCUUGGCUGCGCUGCCGUGUCUAUUUGGUGUGUGUCGUGGCCAGCCAUUUCAUGCAUGUCGUGUGUUUAGCUGAGAGACUUGUUUGUUGCUCAGGGGUGGACUACCGGAUGGGUGCGUGUGGUGGUGGUGUAUAUAUUGUUGCGGUUUGGUUUGACCUGUCAACCGUUUGUAACCAGUCG